AACWGCAGAAGAAGAAGCUGAACGAAUACAGCUGGCUGUUCCACACCUGGUKUAAUUCAAUGAGGCUUAACAAGUUAAAAUUGGUCGUUGUUCGUACAUAGAGUGAAACUAGAUACGUUCAUUAUUCAAUCAGAACAUUUGGGUCUGAAAGGUGACGAGCUGGCGCAGGUUGUGGGUUGUCCGUGGACAAUGAGAGACAGUGGUGGGAGCCUGGCCCAGAAUCGCUGGCAGGGAGACCUGGGCUUGACUGCUGUGGGGGAGGACAGCACUGGAGGAGGUGGGAUUCCAGGAGACCACCUCAUCGCUCCAGUAUCAGACCAYGCUGCCUCCAGCCCCAUGCACCUCAGGCUUGGGCAGAAAGAAAAGCUGUGGACAGGAGAAUACAUAGAACAGGAGGACCAGGAGGAGACGGGUGGGAUUGCUCCAAUUGGUGAUGAGGAAGAGGUAAACAAUUUAUAUUCCGAUGAYCUGGGAGGUUUUGAGAGCAAAGGCUGGGAAAACAACGGAGAGGACGGAGAUGAUGAGGUGGAAGAGGAAGAGGAAGAGGACCAAGARAAGGUGGAGUGGGUGGAACCAGAAUUCUUCUCCCAGUCCACCAAUCACCAUCCUUCACAGCAGGAGCAACAUCAGGAAGCACAGCAGACAGCAGAAACACCUGGUGAGGCAUCUGUCAGAAAUCUUGUGUCCCAGGCUGAAGGAAGGAACUUGUUCCAGUCCUACUUCAGCAGCUACAGAGCUGUGAGAAGGCUCAGACGCUUAAGGCGUCUUCGAUCCCGCUUUCUUCCUGGAUUUCAACUCGCCCAACACUGGAAGAGCUGGCGCCAGAAGGCUCGGUGGAUGUUUCCAGAAGGGCACCAUUGGAACCGAAGAGGGCAAAAGUACAAACUGUAUGGCAAACCAAGGAGGACAAAAAGGUUUUCCUCAUCAGUUUACAGUGAUGAAGAGGGUGAUGGCCGAGAGGAGCAGUUCAAAGGAGCUUCCAGAGAUAAGCAGAUCAACGGCCCUUUUUCAGACAAGAAGGAAGAAAGAGGAAGACAAGAAGUGGCUUUCAAACCAGUGGAAGUGGCCCUUAGUGAGGAGCAUACAAGUUGUGUGAAUGGUAUUCUUGAAGAGUCUCUACAGCAGUACGGCAGUUUGAUCCCCAUCCACGUUGAUGACAUUGUAGAGAAGCUCCAGGAGAUUUUCAGUGAGAAAUUUUCACAUCCUCACAGGAAAUCAAUGGUCCAACAUCUCAUGCAGUCCUUCCAGCGUUCAUCAGGAUCGGCCGUAGCCAAAACAUUCAGAGUCAACUACAAGCGCCAUGUUUUGACCAUGGAUGACCUUGGCACUUUGUAUGGACAGAACUGGCUUAAUGACCAGAUAAUGAACAUGUAUGGUGACCUGGUCAUGGAUUCUGUUCCAGAUAAAGUCCACUUUUUUAACAGCUUCUUUUAUGAUAAGCUAAGGACAAAAGGAUAUGAAGGAGUUAAACGAUGGACAAAAAAUGUUGAUAUUUUCCAGAAGGAUCUGCUAUUGAUCCCCAUUCACCUGGAGGUUCACUGGUCACUGGUCAGUGUGGACAUUCCUCGUCAAACCAUUACCUACUUUGACUCUCAGCGGACUCUCAACAGGCGUUGUCCAAAGCAUAUUUUCAAGUAUCUACAAGCUGAAGCCAUCAAAAAGGAUAAACAAGACUUUUUGACUGGGUGGAAAGGCCUUUUUAAAAUGAAUGUGGGUCGCCAAAACAAUGACAGUGACUGUGGGGCUUUUGUACUACAGUACUGUAAGUGCCUGGCACUAGGUCAGCCGUUCAGCUUUGGGCAGCAGGACAUGCCCCGGCUCAGGAAGCAAAUGUACAAAGAACUGUGCCACUGCAAGCUCACCCUGUGACCCAGCACCCCUGCUUCACCCUCAUCUUAACUACACAUAAUAAAACAAUGAGGGACAAUGGGAGGAUGUGAUUGGCUGGAAAAAGAACAUUGGGGGAUGAUUUCCUCUCAUCAGUCAUGUUGAGAAAAUCCACAUAUGUAUUUGUUUCUCCUUAAUUAGUCUUUCCUUCUCUCUUCAUGCUUUGAAAACUUGUUUUAAAUUUCACAUCAUAGUUACUGUGGAGAUGAAACUAUCUUCCGUUUAGGGAAUGUGAGGAUGAUUAUCCGUCCCUAAUGUACGUUUUGUCCUUCUGAAUUGAAGCACAUGUUUGGACACGAGAAGGAAACACUCCAGGUGAUAUAAAAGGCUGGACACACACAAGUCUUGUAUGGUCCAGUUUGUGGAAGCUUGUGAUUGAAGAGCACCUCUGAGUUUUCCUUCCAUGUAGUCACAGUUUAAGAAAAACCAACACUUUUGCCACCCAGAAUAAAAUUCUAGAACAAGUUUAAUGGACGGCAUCAAUCCCUGUGAAUACAAUGUGACAAGUUCAAUGUUUAGUAUAAUUUGAACCAUUUCAUCAGUGGGUUCAGACAGGCUGGAAAUGGACAUGGAGCUUUGAUUGAAUGGAUUCUUGCUGCCAGGAAAUGGUUUUCUCCUGGUGUUUGGAGAAGGAACCUGGAACUUCUAAACCUAUGAAGGACACAGACAACUGGCUUUAGUGCCAGAAUCUUCCUGCCUUCUCCAGUAAUGCAUCUGUUUAAUGGGGAUGUUCUUAAUGACAUGAUGAUCCAAAACAAAGGGUUUCUUUACGUUGCAUUACUCAUUUUAAUGUCUUUUUAUUGCUGUCAACAAAUGUGGUAAUAUGCAUUUUGCUUUAAACUAAUGGUGUUGAAAGGACAACAACUUGUGUUAUUUUGAAGUAAGUGUAGAUGUUCUGUUUAGUAGAUCUAUUUUUGAAGCCUAUGUGGUAAGGACCAUGACAGCUCCACAAAAGGCACAGUAUGUUCACAGUUGAGUUAUAUUGCUUUAUUCUUUUUUAUAUUAAAAAAAAAAUGUAGAUAGCUGUGUUUUUGUUUUUUAUCUUUUUCUUUUCCCCCUGAGUUGAUGCAACAGAAUUGUUUUCUAUAUCUUAUACAAUGCUUUAUGGUUGCUAAAAUAAAACUGUGGCAAAAA